CUCCGGCGGCGAGGAUGCCUCCGAGGGCGGCGCGGAGGAUGGGACCUCGGGCAUGGGGGGCAGCGCGGGCGGCGGGGAAGGCCCGGUCAUUACCGCGCUGACGCCCAUGAUGAUCCCGGACGUGUUCCCGCACCUGCCACUCAUCGCCGUUACACGCAACCCAGUGUUCCCGCGCUUUAUCAAGAUUGUCGAGGUUAAAAAUAAGAAGUUGGUUGAGCUGCUAAGAAGGAAAGUCCGUCUUGCCCAGCCGUAUGCCGGCGUCUUUCUAAAGAAAGAUGACAACAACGAGUCCGACGUGGUCGAGAGCCUGGACGAGAUCUACCACAUGGGGACAUUUGUCCAGAUCCAUGAGAUGCAGGACCUUGGGGACAAGCUACGCAUGAUUGUCAUGGGACACAGAAGGGUUCACAUCAGCCGCCAGCUGGAGGUGGAGCCAGAGGAUCCUGAGGGUGAGAACAAGCAGAAGCCCCGCCGGAAGCCCAAGCGGAACAAGAAGGAGGCGGAGGAGGACGGGGGCGCCAGGCAGCAGGUGGAGGUGGCGGUGGAGCCCGGCCCUGCCAGCGAGGUGCUCAUGGUGGAGGUGGAGAACGUCGUCCACGAGGACUUCCAGGUCACUGAGGAGGUGAAGGCCCUGACUGCAGAGAUUGUGAAGACCAUCCGGGACAUCAUCGCCUUGAACCCGCUCUACAGAGAGUCUGUGCUGCAGAUGAUGCAGGCAGGCCACAGGGUGGUGGACAACCCCAUCUACCUGAGCGACAUGGGCGCUGCGCUGACCGGAGCCGAGUCCCACGAGCUGCAAGAUGUCCUGGAGGAGACCAACAUUCCCAAGCGGCUGUAUAAAGCCUUGUCCCUCCUCAAGAAGGAGUUUGAGCUGAGCAAGCUGCAGCAGCGCCUGGGCCGGGAGGUGGAGGAGAAGAUCAAGCAGACGCACCGCAAGUACCUCCUGCAGGAGCAGCUGAAGAUCAUCAAGAAGGAGCUGGGCCUGGAGAAGGACGACAAGGACGCCAUCGAGGAGAAGUUCCGCGAGCGGCUGAAGGAGCUGGUGGUGCCCAAGCACGUCAUGGACGUGGUGGACGAGGAGCUGAGCAAGCUGGGCCUGCUGGACAACCACUCCUCCGAGUUCAAUGUUACCCGCAACUACCUGGACUGGCUGACGUCCAUCCCGUGGGGCAAGUGCAGCGAUGAGAACCUGGACCUGGCCCGGGCGCAGGCGGUGCUGGAGGAGGACCACUACGGGAUGGAGGAUGUGAAGAAGCGCAUCCUGGAGUUCAUCGCUGUCAGCCAGCUCCGGGGCUCCACCCAGGGCAAGAUCCUCUGCUUCUACGGCCCCCCGGGCGUGGGCAAGACCAGCAUCGCCCGCUCCAUCGCCCGCGCCCUGAACCGCGAGUACUUCCGCUUCAGUGUCGGGGGCAUGACGGACGUGGCUGAGAUCAAGGGGCACAGGCGGACGUACGUGGGUGCUAUGCCAGGGAAAGUCAUCCAGUGCCUGAAGAAGACCAAGACCGAGAACCCCCUGGUGCUGAUCGACGAGGUGGACAAGAUUGGCCGGGGCUACCAGGGGGACCCCUCAUCAGCGCUGCUCGAGCUGCUGGACCCCGAGCAGAACGCCAACUUCCUGGACCAUUACCUGGAUGUGCCCGUGGACUUGUCCAAGGUGCUGUUCAUCUGCACUGCCAACAUCACCGAGACCAUCCCGGAGCCGCUGAGGGACCGGAUGGAGAUGAUCAACGUGUCAGGCUACGUGGCCCAGGAGAAGCUCGCCAUUGCGGAGCGGUACCUGGUGCCUCAGGCCCGUGCCCAGUGUGGCCUGGACGAGAGCAAGGCCAAGCUGUCGUCGGACGUGCUGACCCUCCUGAUCAAGCAGUACUGCCGGGAGAGCGGCGUCCGCAACCUGCAGAAGCAGGUGGAGAAGGUGUUACGGAAGUCCGCCUACAAGAUCGUCAGUGGCGAGGCCGAGUUCGUGGAGGUGACGCCCGAGAACCUACAGGACUUCGUGGGGAAGCCGGUGUUCACGGUGGAGCGCAUGUACGACGUGACGCCGCCCGGCGUGGUCAUGGGCCUGGCCUGGACCGCCAUGGGCGGCUCCACACUGUUUGUUGAGACGUCCCUGAGGCGGCCUUGGGACAGAGGCAGCCACAGCAAGGAGGACAAGGAUGGGAGCCUGGAGGUGACAGGCCAGCUGGGGGAGGUGAUGAAGGAGAGCGCCCGCAUCGCCUACACCUUUGCCAGGGCCUUCCUGAUGCAGCGCGACCCCACCAAUGAAUUCCUGGUGACGUCACACAUCCACCUGCACGUGCCUGAGGGCGCCACCCCCAAGGAUGGCCCGAGCGCCGGCUGCACCAUCAUCACGGCCCUGCUCUCCCUGGCAAUGAACCAGUCGGUGCGGCAGAACCUGGCCAUGACAGGCGAGGUCUCCCUCACGGGCAAGAUCCUGCCGGUGGGCGGCAUCAAGGAGAAGACCAUUGCGGCCAAGCGUGCGGGAGUGACAUGCAUCGUCCUGCCCGCCGAGAACAAGAAGGAUUUCUAUGACCUGGCCCCCUUCAUCACUGAGGGCCUGGAGGUGCACUUCGUGGAGCACUACCGCGAGAUCUUCGACAUAGCCUUCCCCGAGGAGGCUGAGGCCCUGGCCGUGGAGCGGUGAUGGCGGCCCUGGACACUGCUGGCACCGCUGGACCCAGCCUGGGCUGAAUCUGUACUGGGGGGCCGAGGCUCCAGGCAGCUGAGCCACAGGAAACUCAGGAGAAGCCUGGAGUCCAAGACCUCAGUUAUGGCUUAAUCAUCCACUAUUUAAUUAUGAUUAAAAACCAUUUCCAGUACUGCA